UUGAGUUCCCAAUGUGGCCUUUGCAAGCCUAUAAAAGCCUCAAAGUUCAGUUGCUGGAAACACACACUAAACACAAAAACAAUUCAGUUCUCGAGAAGAUGGAUUGCCAAUAUCUACUGGGAGCAAUUCUGGCUUCUGUUUUGGGUCUUCUCUUGCUGUACAAGAAAAUUCAGAAGCAGACAUUUUCAAUGAGCUCUGAUAAUGGAUUACCCCGAGACUCAGAGAUAGGUAGGAGUGCAGAUAUAAUCAUCGUUGGGGCAGGGGUUGCUGGUUCUGCUCUUGCUUACACUCUUGGGAAGGAUGGACGCCAAGUGAAAGUGAUUGAGAGAGACUUGACUGAACCUGAUAGAAUUGUUGGAGAACUUCUACAACCUGGAGGUUACCUUAAAUUGAUGGAGUUGGGGCUUGAGGAAUGUGUGAAUGGGAUUGAUGCUCAGCGCGUGUUUGGAUAUGCUCUGUUUAAGGAUGGGAAAAGCACUAAACUAUCAUAUCCCUUGCAACAUUUCGAAUCAGAUGUUGCCGGGAGAAGCUUCCAUAAUGGACGUUUCAUUCAAAGAAUGAGAGAAAAAGCAUCAACCCUUCCCAAGAUCAUACAUGUUGACAUCCCUCCUUGUUUUGUUGCUUUGGUCCUGGAGAACUGUCAGCUUCCAUAUGCAAAUCAUGGACACGUUAUUUUGGCAGAUCCUUCUCCAAUCCUGUUUUAUCCUAUUAGUAGCACAGAGGUUCGUUGUCUGGUUGAUGUACCUGGACAAAAGGUUCCCUCAGUCUCUAAUGGCGAAAUGUCCCAUUUCUUGAAAACUGAGGUGGCUCCUCAGAUCCCCUCUGAGCUAUACAAUACUUUCAUAUCUGCAAUCAAUAAGGGAAACAUAAGAACGAUGCCUAACAGAAGCAUGCCUGCUUCUCCCUAUCCAACUCCGGGUGCACUGUUGAUGGGAGAUGCAUUUAACAUGAGGCAUCCUUUGACCGGUGGAGGAAUGACUGUGGCACUCUCUGAUAUCGUCGUUUUAAGAGACCUCCUUAGACCUCUGCGCGAUCUAAAUGAUGCAUCUGCCUUGUGCAAGUAUCUGGAAUCCUUCUACACUCUACGUAAGCCAACAGCAUCUACCAUAUAUACACUAGCCGGUGCCCUCUAUAAGGUGUUUAGCGGAUCAUCUGACCCAGCAAGGAGAGAAAUGCGCAAAGCAUGCUUCGAUUAUUUAAGUCUUGGCGGUGUUUUUUCAAAUGGACCAAUAGCUUUACUCUCUGGAAUGAAUCCUCGGCCAUUGAACCUGAUCCUACACUUCUUCGCUGUGGCUGUAUAUGGCUUUGGGCGCUUACUGCUUCCAUUUCCUUCAUUUAAACGCCUUCUACUUGGUGCUAGAUUAAUUUCGGCUGGUAUCUUCAUUGCUUAG